GUGAGGUGACAAAGAAAAAAAAGGAGUUGGUGAAUGAAUGAAGCUAUAACUGUCGCUUCUACUGCCACCUACUUUUCCCUUUCUUUUUAAACUAACUCUUUCCUCUCUAAACAACCUCUGCAACAUCAACAACAACAUCUAUACCAGAUAUAAAUAAAUCACAAAAGCAAUACUCUCCUAGAAGAUGGGAACAAAUGAAUGGCAUGUUGAAAGAAGAUCUAGCAAUGGUACUCAUUCUCCUUUAGCUCCAAGUAGAGAGGUGCUUGAAACUGGAACACUUUCAAUUGUUGUUCUUGGUGCUUCUGGUGAUCUUGCUAAGAAGAAGACUUUUCCUGCACUUUUUCACCUGUAUAAACAGGAAUUGUUGCCACCUAAUGAAGUUCAUAUUUUUGGCUAUGCAAGGUCAAAGAUCUCUACUGAUGAAUUGCGAAACAAUUUGCGCAGCUAUCUUAUUCCAAAGAAAGGUGCUUCCCCUAAAGACUUACAUGAUGUAUCGGAUUUCUUACAAUUGGUUAAAUAUAUAAGUGGCGGUUACGAUUCUGAGGAAGGCUUUCGCUUGUUGGAUAGAGAGAUUUCAGAGCAUGAGUAUUUGAAAAAUAGUAAAGAGGGUACAUCUCGAAGGCUUUUCUAUCUUGCACUUCCUCCUUCCGUGUAUCCAUCUGUUUGCAAGAUGAUCAAGACUUAUUGCAUGAAUAAAUUGGAUCUUGGUGGAUGGACGCGAGUUGUUGUUGAGAAACCCUUUGGUAGGGAUCUACAAUCUGCAGAAGAACUCAGUAAUCAGAUCGGAGAGUUAUUUGAAGAACCACAAAUUUAUCGUAUUGAUCACUACUUGGGAAAGGAACUAGUGCAGAACAUGUUAGUACUUCGUUUUGCAAAUCGGUUCUUUUUGCCUCUUUGGAACCGCGACAACAUUGACAAUGUGCAGAUAGUGUUUAGGGAGGAUUUCGGAACUGAAGGCCGUGGUGGAUAUUUUGACCAAUACGGAAUCAUUCGAGAUAUUAUUCAAAACCAUCUGUUGCAAGUUCUUUGCUUGGUUGCUAUGGAAAAACCUGUUUCUCUUAAACCUGAGCACAUUCGGGAUGAGAAAGUGAAGGUUCUCCAGUCAGUACUCCCUAUUAGAGAUGAUGAGGUUGUCCUUGGACAAUACGAAGGCUAUAGAGACGACUCAACUGUACCUGACGAAUCAAACACUCCAACUUUUGCAACUGCUAUUCUUCGGAUACAUAACGAAAGAUGGGAAGGUGUUCCUUUCAUAAUGAAAGCCGGGAAGGCUCUAAAUUCUAGAAAGGCAGAGAUACGGGUUCAAUUCAAGGAUGUUCCUGGUGAUAUUUUUAGGAGUAAAACGCAAGGGAGGAAUGAGUUUGUUAUCCGCCUACAACCUUCUGAAGCUAUUUACAUGAAGUUUACGGUCAAACAACCUGGACUGGAGAUGUCUGCGGUUCAAAGUGAACUAGACUUGUCAUAUGGGCAGCGGUAUCAAGGGGUAACCAUUCCAGAAGCUUACGAGCGUCUAAUUCUUGACACAAUUAGAGGUGAUCAACAACAUUUCGUUCGUAGAGAUGAAUUAAAGGCAUCAUGGGAGAUUUUCACGCCGCUUUUACACAAAAUUGAUAGAGGGGAGUUGAAGCCAAUUCCUUACAAGCCAGGAAGUAGAGGUCCUGCAGAAGCUGAUGAGUUGUUAGAAAAAGCUGGUUAUGUUCAAACACAUGGCUAUAUAUGGAUUCCUCCUACCUUAUAGAGAGUCAUCAAAUGAAAUAAGCUUAUAAGUAUGCAAUAAGUUUGGGAAAUUUCCCUGAUAAUAUCUCUUUUUUGGGUGUAUAUCAAGCAUUUAAGCAUGUCUUUGUCACUAGUAGUGUAAUAAUAGUUUUGAUUCUGAAUGCAAAGUUGCGAAUAAAUGAGAAAUGUAUGUGCUUUUGUGAAAAA